AGACCCUGUUUUACUGUGGUAAAAAUUUUACCUUCUCGUUAAGAUUUUCGCAAACGUCCACCUAUAAAUCGAUUAUCUUCCCCACUGUGUGCCUCUCAUAUUGAGAUGCAACCCAAAUGCGCGUCAUGUCUUCGCACGUUGGUGGGAGAGUCGAAAUUCCACUCGAUGCCUAAGUGGGGAUGGGUUUUCUCCUCUGACAGGGAUAUAAUUCGUUAAGACACCCCACGAGCUCCAUUCACGUGUGGCCUAAUGAAUUUUUCAUAUCGCUUGAUUUUAGAAUUCGUUUGGUCGUUAAACGUUUCGGACAAACUUCCUUUUCCCGGUCGAUUAAUAUUUUCAAGCUUUCAAUUUUUUCUCACCCAUUCCCGAUUAUUUGACAAACAAAUUAUCCCACAAAUGAUACUGUACUAACAUUCGAGUGAUUUUCUCCAUUCAUUUUUUUCCUUUCGAUUCCCGUUAUUCCUCCGGCUAUCACGUCAAUUUUGAAUCGACUUACCGAGUAAUACAAGCAUGUUUUCAUCUUGGACAGUCUGUUGUGGGAGAGUGCGACAACGAUGGGUGUUCGCGGUGAUGGGAUGUCUGGCGAUAACAGUGUCGUACGCGAAUCGAAUUUGCCUGUCACUUGCCAUCACGCAGAUGGUGACAACCGCCGAAUCAUCUUCGAACAGCACUACAGACGGAGAUACUUGUUCGGGAACUCUUUCCACUUCGUCGAAUAGCGCCAGCAGCGAAACUUACGACUGGGACGAAUACACGCAGGGAAUCAUUCUGUCGAGUUUCUACUGGGGUUACAUAGUAUCCCAAGUACCAGGAGGCAUCAUGGCGGAUAAAUUCGGAGGAAAAUACACCCUGAGUGCUGGAGUCCUGUCAUCGACGACGUUUACCCUGCUGACACCAUUGGUGGUGAAUAAAUUCGACUCGACGGGAUUGAUAGUCCUCAGAAUCCUGAUGGGACUCGGUGAAGGGACGACGUUCCCAGCGCUGAACGUGCUUGUAGCGGAAUGGGCGCCACCGCAGGAAAGGUCGAAGAUCGGGACGAUGGUGAUGACGGGAACACAAGUCGGAACGAUCCUGGGAAACGCUUUGUCCGGAAUCCUGCUAGAGUAUUCGCCGAUCGGGUGGCCGCUGGUCUUCUACUUUUUCGGAGGUCUCAGUGCCUUGUGGCUGGUGACCUGGAUUCUCUUCUUCCACAGCAACCCGGACGUCCAUCCUUACAUCAGCGAAGCCGAGAAGAAGUACAUCCAGGACAAGAUAAGCGAGAACACGAGAAAGCACACCCAGCCGAUCCCCUGGCGCCACAUGGUGACCUCAUUCCCACUCUGGGCUCUUCUCAUCGGCAAGUUCGGGCACGACUGGGGCUUCUACACGAUGGUGACCGACCUCCCGAAGUACAUGAGCAACGUCCUAAAGUUCUCCAUAACCUCGAACGGCCUUUUAACCGCUCUACCCUAUCUGGCGAUGUGGAUCCUGAGCAAUAUAUCCUCCAUCCCGGCCGACUGGCUCAUAAAAAGCGGCAAGAUGACGACCACCAACGUCCGCAAGGCCUUUACCACAUUUGGCUCCGUCGGACCGGCGAUAUUCCUCGUAGCCGCGUCCUACGGGGAGUGCAACCGCGUCCUCGUCGUAAUUCUCUUCAUCAUUGGCGUCGGUUUGAUGGGACCGUUCUACCCUGGGUUAAUGGUGAACGGCGUCGACCUCAGUCCCAACUACUCGGGCACGUUAAUGGCCCUCAUGAUCGCCACCGGCUCCCUCGCUGGAAUAGUGACGCCUUACGUGGUGGGAGUGCUCACUCCCAAUCAGACCGUGACUGAAUGGAGAAUGGUGUUCUGGAUCACCUUCGCUGUAUUUAUGGCGACAAAUGUCGGUGUCUUGUUUUGGCAGGAUGGCGAGGUCCAGUACUGGAACGACCUGGAAAACCGGGAGAACGACUCCAAGGAUGUUGAGAGCGAAGCGACAGCUGCCAAAAACUUGAAAAACCUCAGGACUGAGGCUGUCACGUAGAAAUAGUUGAAACCAAGAGGAACUCGCUCUUUCAUACUUGUCUCGUCGUCAUUGUAGUUAACGAUCGGUGUAAUCGAAUUGAGCUUCAUCUUCGGAAUAGGUAGUAAAUGUCUCAUGUGUGAAUCGCUAAAUUGACUUCUAAUUCCUAUGUCACAAAAUGUACAUGUUUGUAUAUACUGUAAGGGAUUUCUUUACAUGCUAUCGAAGUGUUAGGGAUGCAGGUGAACCAUGAACCCUCACGGCUGCAUUUAUCCCAAACUAUACAGCUGUCAUUUAGCAGUCAUGAGAAAUGUCCUUCAUAAAACGAACCCAAAGUCUGUACCAGUCUUAUUUAGAAAUUAGCUGGAGCUAAUCGAUCUCUCCUCAAGUUCUUGCCAAUUAUUAUCACCGUCGAUUGUCAAGCUGGCUUCAAACAGUCGAAUUAUUUACGAAAAACUGGGCAUUGUAAAUAUAAGAUUAUGUGAUAUUUUUGUAAUUACAUGUAUACCUGUAUAGUCGACGAUCAACGAAUAUAAAUACUUUAGAAAUCCA